GAAAACUACUGCAUCGGUGGACCACUUGGCCGAUGCAGCGGACAAUGCAACAAGCAGUAAUGGCUGUAAAAUGCCAGCGGGAGCAACUGCCUUUUCUCGAAGCAGCUUAAUGGCCAGAACGCCGCCAACAGCUACGCUUUCGGCUCCGACGGCUAUAAACUUGAAGUCUCUGCCAGCUUUUACACCAGCAGCAGUCGUCACAGUAGAGGAUACGCCAAAAAGAUGUCGUGAAUUAAGUCCACCUGCCGACCAAUCAGAAGCGGCACCAAAAGGCCAAGAAGCGACCAAGACAGGUCUAAAAGAACAGAUCACUGAACUCGGAGCACUUGUCGACCAAAUAGCUGCAAUGGUCGCUAUUUCUGCACCAAGCCAGCAUCCAACCGCAAAUUGUGGCAUGAAGGAUGAAUUGGCAAGAAUGAAGACGGUUUUGGAUGGUGUAAAAACCCAACUAGAAAGCAGACCUCGGGCCAAUAAGCCAAAACAGAAGACGCGGCCACUGACGUUUGCGGCUGUUGUGGCCAAAAGUGCUACACCAAAUGCUGCAGGUACAAGGCAAAAGGCAAAGGAUCGGGAAGCUGUCACACGACCCAGCGUGGUGUUAAGACAGUCAACCACCCAAAAUACAUCUGCUGCAGAAUCGGCUGAGGGUACCAUCCCCUUACAAAAAGUCGCCAACAAAUGGGAAACGGUCAAAAGACCUAAACGAAAGAGUAGAAGACGGCCUGAUGCUUUGAUGGUGCAAUGCAGUGACCCUGCAAACUAUGCAAAAGUACUGGAGGCAGUCCAGACUGACCCUGCCAUGCUCUCGCACAAGGAAGGAGUUUGCGGAGUGCGUCGAACAGCAGCAGGAGAACUUCUCCUGGAGAUGAAAAAGCAUGACGAUGGCGGUACGCUAGUACUACACAAGGCGUUGCAGCAAGCGCUUGGCGACGAAGGACGGGUCAAGCUUAUCACAAAGGCCGUCAAAUUAACGGAUGAAACUCUGCCAGAGGAAUCGUUUCCCAAGAUGCGGAAGGCAUAUAGGGGUACGCAAACUGCAACUAUGCUGCUGAAUACCAAUCAGGCAUCGAAAAUGAUUGCUGCCAGAACGGUUCGCAUUGGUCUUGCAGAAUGCAGAAUAAGAGCCAAGAUAGAGCCAAGGAGGUGCUACAAAUGUCUCGACUUUGGGCAUACAUCAGCUAGGUGCAGGUGCAAGAAGGAGCACGAGGCAGGCAGCCUAUGUUUCAACUGCGGAGAGAGCGGUCACGCAUCUAAAGACUGCAACAACGACGCAAAGUGCAUCUUAUGCACUAGGUACGGCGAAAAGAACGCGGCACAUAACACUCUGAGCAGAGGAUGCCCGUUGGCAGCACAGGAUUUGCUGAAGCAGACUGUUAUUGAUCUGGGCAUCGACAUAGCGCUGUUGUCGGAACCAUAUGGGGUAAAACAGGACGCGGCCUGGGCCCAAAACAACAUCAUGGGCGCAGCAAUAUGGAGUUGCGGACAUUCUCCAUUACAAUUAGAGUGUGUUGGCAGACACAGAGGCUACACCAGGGCGAAAUGCAACGGCAUAUCCAUUUUUAGCUGCUACAUAGCCCCAAGUGUGGAUAUAGACGACUUUGCAGCCAUUAUUGACUGUAUAGCCGCCGACGCCAGAAGAUCACCGCCAGUGAUCAUUGCCGGCGACUUUAACGCAUGGGCGAUGGAGUGGGGAAGCGUCAAAACCACGGCAAGAGGAAGAAUACUGCUGGACUCCUUCGCAUCUCUGAACGUGAGUCCACUGAAUAUCGGCAACACACAAACAUUCAGCAGAGCAGGACGUAAUUCAAUAAUCGAUGUUACUUUUGCAAGCACGAGCCUGGCCCGGAAUGCUACAUGGAUAGUUUCCGACGUAUAUACGCACAGUGAUCAUAGUGCAAUAAUAUUCGAGUGUGGUGGCCAAACAACGCGCUUGGUACGGUCUAAGUUCUCGUUAUGGUCACAAGAAACCCUAAGCGAGGAGGCUUUCUUGUUUAUGAAGAACAUCGCACAGAGCAGUGCAGGGGAUGCAAAAACCCAGGUAAAAAGGCUAUGUAUCAGCGAAGCCUGUGAUGCGUCAAUGAUCCGCAAGAGACAAGGUGGAAGCACACGCAAACCAGUGCAUUGGUGGAGCCGUGAAAUUGCAGAAGCGCGAAAAGAAUGCCUUAAAGCCAGACGCAAGCAGCAGCGGGCCAGAGGGAGUCCCUCGUUCCAAAGGCUACUGGACGCUUAUAAGACGCACCGUGCACUGUUAAACAGAGCCAUAAAGCAAAGCAAGAUCCCCCACAGAUGGUGUACUGCUCGCAAACAUCGUAAAACGCUAUUCCCAGAGCGGCCGAUAUUGCAGCAUCCAGUUGCAGGAGCCCAUCAAGAGACUAAUCCCGGGUAUAUUAUUAGUGAUGAUGAAAUCGUGCUGGCUGCCAAGCGGAUCAAAAGCAAAACAUCGCCUGGCCCUGAUGGAUUUCCUGCUGGUGUCAUCAAGCUCAUCGCAAUGAAUCAGCCCUCGAAACUGACCGAUGGAUUCAACUCCUGUCUGUGCCAAGGAGUCUUUCCAGCAAGAUGGAAAAGGCAGAGGCUGGUACUACUCCCAAAAGGAGGGAAAACGGACGAACCUUCAGCGUACAGGCCACUGUGCAUGAUAGAUGUGCUGGGUAAGGUGUUCAAAUCGAUUAUUCGCAACAGACUAGAAGCCCACAUCGACGGCCGGAAUGGACUUUCGGAGCAUCAGUUUGGCUUCCGAAAGAAGCGUAGUACGGUCAACGCGAUACAUACCGUCACCGAAAUAGCCAAAAAAGCCAUAGAGGGCCAGCGAUGGAAAGGAGGAGGCAAAGAUCACCACUCUGGAUGUCCGAAACGCAUUCAACUCAGCGAGCUGGAUGUGCAAAUUUGA